UUUAAGCACAUUUGCUACUUAUACGCACUUCAAAAAUUUACUCAACAGCGCCUCUGCUGAGUUUACAUUGUUCUUGUGUUUUUUAUCGUGGUUUUAUCCUCCCUUCUGCCAGCCGCCUACUUCUGUUUGUUCCUGUGUGGACUGUGUGCCGUCGUAAACAGGGACGAAGCACCAAGUGUCAUUUCAGAUGGCAACUUGUUUCGGCUGUAUCCGCCGGUGUUUCAACGCCGGCGGUUUCAACGCUAGCAGUUCCCAAGGAAACCGCCUACCUACGGUGGUUCUGGACAUGCUUCAUAUGGGCCAGGAUGUCGUAAUUGUAAAGAAUGGACAAAGGAUCUGCGGCAGUGGUGCAGCACUAGCUAAUGCCCCUCUAGUUCAAAACAAGUCAUAUUUUGAAGUCAAGGUACAACAGGCAGGCCUGUGGGGUCUGGGAGUGGCUACACAAAAGACGGACCUGAACAGGGUGCCGCUUGGACAAGAUCUGGAGAGCUGUGUUCUCACUAGUGAGGGCACUGUGGUGUGUAACAAAGAAGUGCUCCACAAGCUCCAGCAGACAGUACAAGAAGGCGACGUCAUAGGCAUCACGUACGACCACCUGGAGCUGAACUUUUACCUGAAUGGAACAGAUUUACAUAUCCCAGUGACAGGUGUCAAAGGAGAAGUUUUUCCUGUUCUUUAUGUCGAUGAUGGAGCCAUCUUGGAUGCGGUGUUCUCUUCCUUCUUCCACACUCCACCACUAGGCUUCGAGCAAAUCAUGGUUGAACAGUCCUUACUGUGAAAAAGUCAUCUGUGUGCUGACCAUCACUGGCACAUCGUAGCACACUCCUAGUAGUGUUGCUCUAUGGAAUGGGCCUGUUGCCAUCUAUGCCUGAGUGUGCAAAGUUCUCCGCCAUUGAGCCGUCAUCACAAAGUCACUUUGUAGUCCAGCUUAUUUUUUGAUGCGUGCUAAAGCAUGUCAUGUGUUCAAGUCACAUGCUUGCAGUGUUUUUCUUUUCUUUGCUGUCUUUGUUAGCAUUAACUUAAAUAGGGGCUAGUAGAAAGCACGAAUAUUGCAUGGAUACAGGCUGAAAGCAAGCUUGGUGUUCAGUAAAUGAAAAAAGCUGUUUGAAUUGUGAUGCACGAUAAAAAACCCAUAAUUGAACAGUUUUAGUGUGAGGACAUAGAAUUUAGCCCUGCGAUUGUAUGUUGCCUUCUUUUUGGUACUACUUGCUUGUUUCAAGUCAGAUGCUGCCUACCAGGCUAUGCUGUAAGGAGCUUGGUGCGCAGGUGGAGCUUAGGAAGCUUUUUGUAUGCAUUGGACAUUCUUUUAGCUUGUACAGAGACUGUUGGCCCUGUUUUGGGCAUCCUGGUUUUACCAGACAAUAGACCCUUUUCCUAGUUGUUGGUCUAGCUUUAUAAAAAUAAAGAAAUUGGCCAACCUAACAGCAAAACAGAAUUAUUAAUUUGGCAAGAUAUAUGCAUAUACUGUUUCAGGGAACAUUACAUGGGCACAAACAAAGGUCGUUAUUCAUGCUAGUUGCCACGUCCCAGCUUCCAGAACAUUUAUCCUUUCUCAUUUGACCACCACUCAUUGUCGUCUGACUGUUUUGGGAAGACUCUGUCAGCAAAGACCAGCACCAAAAGUGUCAAGACAGCUUGGAAUGAGGCAGUGUUGUGCAACAUGCAGAGGUCAUUCCUUUUUAUGUCAUAACUUGUUGCUUAAAAGGCAGGUUACACACAUUUGCUGUCCAGCAUUCUAGUGGCGAGUGGUGAUUCACUUCAUUGACAUCGAUUUCACGACAGUGCAUUCACCUUUAUCUGUCCUUUGGGUUUGCCCAUGGGAAGGCAUUCUUGAGUCCCUGGUCUUACUACAGCUUGUGGAACAUGUUAAUCUCAAGCUUUUUCUGGUAGCCUCGAGGUUGCUCACAUUUGCCUUGUCCAGCCUCUUGCCGAGACAGGCACUGAGCUGGGCACGUUGGCCAAACGUGGUCUGUUCGCAGGGAAGUGGUCUUUGUGGCAGCAUCACUGGUGAUGAUUUGAUAAGAAUGGGCUCACACUUUUCUUGCAUUUGUUGGUGCAGCAGUAGCUGUUGCUCUCAAGGCUUGCAUUCGGUGCAGGUGUGCUCCACGCAUCCUAAUAUCAAGUCUGCAUUCUCCUCCACCAGCUCUGCCUUAUACGUGGCCCGCAUGAUAGUGGUUGUGGUCAUGUUGUCCUCUGUCAUCAACAAAACCAUGCUGAUGCACCAUUUUGACCAGUCCUAACCAUAACAGCAGACCACACUUUACUUUCUAUGAGGUAAAGAAAAUGUGAUGAGACUUCUGUGGCAACAUAUACAGCCAGAAAGUGGUGAAACAUGCAAUUUUUUCUUUGUCUUUUGCUCUAGCAAUGACGAGAGCUGUGAUUAGUUUGUCAAAUAUGCAAUAUGAAGGAACCUAACAAUUGGAAAGGGUCUAUUGCUUGUACAGUUUCAGCAAACAUUUGUGUACAUUGCCUGUAACAUAAUUCAAUGAUAAUUUAUACUAUAGUGUGAACAGUAUCCAGGUAUCCAAAGUGGAUGCUUGGCUGAAGACAAGACUGGCACUGUGAAUGGAAUGUGCCUGCCAUGGUUCGUGGUUGUUGUGAUUACUUACAUGCACAAAUGGAACCACUUUCCUCGUGUACACUUGCCACUCUACAAGUCUUUGGUGUGGGCAGAAUGCUUUCAGAAAUAUUUUGUCAGAGCAGGUCAUGCCAAAUGCCAGCUAGCACUCAUUUUUAUGUUCACUGUAUACUCAAUAUUGUGAGGAUAAGGGCACCAGCUAUAUAUCUGACCUGCUGGACUGUCUUGUGCUCAAAUCAGCGGCAUUUUGUUUAAUAAACCGCAGUUGGAUGCAAGAAUUGCCUGUUUCAUUGAAAACAAUACAGAUGCAUGCAUCUGUGGCGAUGCCAGGUCAGAAAAAUAAACGCUCCCUUUCUCAAAAGUUGCAACAGCCUUGUCACAUUUGGCAGUGUUGCAUUGUUGUCUGGCGCUGCCGCCAACGACACAUUCUUGUUUCUUCUGGAAGUAACUAACGUGUGCUGAAUGUAAGCAUAAUAUUGUCCAAAAUGCGCAAAUUUGAUCACAAAUGGGUCUGUGGUCUAGCUGGAAGAACCAUCUAGUAUGCGGGUUUCACUUAUUGACCCAUCAUUUUGUAUCUUCUAUGGCUCUAUUCAUACAGCCAAAGAAGCAUUAGUAAAUGGAUGCCUGAGGUUGUUUCAUGUUUGAGUGAACUAAAGUUGAGCACCGUCUUUUUAAAAGCAAGGUAAGAACAAGCAGGCAUGCAAACAUAUGCAUUGAGCCCAUGCGAUUGCAGUUUUCACGAGACUAGGAUUUCACAAAAUUAGCGCUGGAUGCCUACGGCAUCUAUGGGCCUCGGUGUUCUGGCAUUGUGCCAACUAUGCUAAGACAGCAUGCCAGGAACACUCGUUCAUAGAUGCCAGCAUGCCUAGUGCUAGUCUCACAAAAGUAAUUGCUGAAAAUACCGCCCCUGUUGGCAGCCGUGCAAUGUCCAAUCCAAUGUUUAUGGCCAUGGAAAUAGUGCAGCUUUCUUGUGCAUAUAGCUGCUGGCACUAGGGCUGAUUUCAUGCAUAGAAUUAUCAGUCCUAUCACGUUGUUUUGUUCCAAUUCGGUUUCUUGGAGGUUGAAAUGCUGGAAGUUAUUGGUUAUUAAAGGCAGUAACACAAACAUUUUCUGGUUAAAACUGGUAACCUAGCCAAUGGGCUCUGGCAUCAUCUAUUCAGCAUGCCGAGUUUGUUCCAUGUCUUUUGUCCACUUGUACUAGACAGUUGGACAAAACUGCACUGGUUUGGCAGGUAUGGUUUUCUACUGCUAAGAAUAAUUUGGUUCGACUUAAACAGGUGGAAUGCAAGAAUGCCUUCGUAAUGAGAAUGUGGUCUGCGUUACACAAUCGCAGCACCGCAAAAGAUAAAUUUAAAGCCUUGAAUCAUAGUGUACCUUGUAAGCAUGGACUUAGCUUUGUGAUGCUAAAAUCAAUCAAUCAAACGUCAAUGUGAACUUUAUGCCAGACACACCUGAAAAGCAGCCUUGUAGAGUUGGUAAAGUGUGAAAAAAAAAAAGUGGGAACGAAAUAAGGACAGAAUGCAAGGGCCUGUGUUUAUUUUCUUUUGUCCUGCACAAAUUUUUCCUAUGUCAGCUGUCCUAUUUAAAAUACUUGGGUUACUCUCAUUGUAUCAAUAAAUUUCCUAGAGUCCA